AUGGGACGGAUUGUCAUCGUCGGAGCAGGGCUGUACGGUCUGAUCGCAGCGAAGACAUAUCUGCAAGUUACUGGAGCUUAUGAUAGUGAAGACACAGCGAAAAGGAUCGACGACAAUAUCGAAAUUCCCACAUGCUUUACGGAGCAUACCGGAGCUUCUACACAAGACCCUUCUGAGACUCACCUUCUUGUGAUUGACUCGGCCUCGGAUAUAGGAGGCACAUGGGCUGAGGAGCGUCUCUAUCCAAACUUAUUCAGCCAGAACUCAUAUGGACUGUAUGAGUUCAGUGACCUUCCUCUUUCCCGUGUGGUCCCCGAGGAAGAUGGGAAUGACACCAGAAACCAGUUCAUUGCAGGCUGGAAGAUCAACCGGUAUCUUCGUGCGUGGGUGGAAAAAUGGAGACUUGACAGAUAUAUCCGAUUGAAUUGGACGGUCAGAAGCAUCAGCCGCCUGGAGAGCAAAGAGUGGAAGCUCGAUAUCAAUAUUGCUGGGAACCCAUGCAGAAACAUAACCGUUAUUUGCGACAAAUUGGUGUUGGCUACAGGACUCACCUCGGUGCCAAACAUGCCGGAUACCAACGCCUCAUCAAUGGCCUCAGAUAUUCCUGUACCAGUAAUCCACGCCAAGGAUGUCGGAAUCUGGGCCCGGAAACACAUGGGUUACGAGCCGCUGAAAGCAACCAAGUCCGAGGCUGUGAGCGCGCCAGUCAAUGGUUCUCCCUACUCACAGUUGCGGUCGGUUGCAAUAUAUGGCGGCGCAAAGUCAUCCUUUGACCUAGUGCACUUCUUUGCAACUCUGCAUCGAAAUGACCCCAAGCUACGCCUUAGGUCAACACAAGACAGCCCAGUCCAGGUGCACUGGAUUAUCCGCGAUCGAGGUGCCGGGCCCUCGUGGAUGGUGCCUCCAACAUCCACUCUUCCGAAUGGCGACACUGUUGCAAGCGAUAAGGCGGCGAGCACCCGGCUGCUCUCGCAUCUCACCCCAUGCUGCUACGAGAUCCCCAAACGUCUAUCUUUCGGUCCUUCGGGCAGUCCCCACUGGGAGGGCUCAUGGCUAGCGCGGCUGUUCCAUGGAAACCCACUAGGCCGAUGGUGGAUUCGUUCGUUUUGGCGAUCAGUUGAUAAAGGGCUAGAGGACACAGCACAAUACGGGUCAGACGCGAAGAUGGAAAAGCUCCGCCCAGAGAACAGUGUUGUAUCCUGUGUAUCUGGUAUCGGCAUCGCAAACCAAGGUGAUCUUUGGGAGGCCAUUAGACUGCCGCAUGUCAAUAUUUAUCGAUCGGUCAUCGCAGAUAUCGCGGCUGCAAGCGCAGAUAAAACAGCGGAUUCAGCCACCAGGGCUACGGUGCACUUGUCAGAUGGUAGCCGCAUCGAUGCGCUUGACCUUGUCAUUCACGCAACUGGCUAUAAGCCGAUAGUCCCAAUUCGGUUUAGCCCUACGAGCCUCCGUCUGAAACUGGGGUUAUCAGCCUUGGUAAGCUCGGUCUCGGGUGACAGGGAGAGCCACGGCGAUUGUUUGAUUUCGGCCGACUCGCCGGAGAGAAUCGAUGGGCCACUGGAGGAAACGAGGAACGCCCGCAUCCAACACUGGGACGGUCUUGAUCGUAAGUCUGAGGUUUUGAUCAAGCAAACCUUGGACACUACAGGUUGCGCUCUCACAGAUCGCAGUCCCCCAUCAUGGGCAACAUCUCGCAAGUUGCUGCCGUACCGUCUAUUCCGACGGAUGGUGGCGCCCGAAUUAGUGGCAGAGGGCGACCGCUCCUUUGCUACACUCGGCGUAAUAUUAUCAUCGACUAUUGCUGUUAUUGCAGAGGCCCAGGCUCUGUGGGUGGCGGCGUUUCUAACAGGCGGGCUCGACGCAGAGGACCUGAAAUCACCCGCAGGCAAGGCUCUUUCUCUGGCGGAUAUUUCGUUGGAGACGAUGGAGUCGGCUAUCUCCGAGGAUGUAGUUCUCGGCUCAUUGACAGGAACUGGCCUCGAAGUUGACGCUAUUCAGUAUAACGACAUGCUCAUGCGGGAUUUGGGACUCAAUCCAUACCGGCUCGGAGGAGGUUUCUACACUGAAUUAACUGGCGUGUACGGGCCUUCAGCUUAUGCUGGGAUUGUAGAAGAGUGGAGGAAGAGUCGAGGGAUGGCUCAGGGGCAGCAGUAG